CCACAAGCCCUCCCACUUCCUCCGGGAGCGGCUGUCAGGGCUCCAGGCUCAGUGCAGGCUGGGGAGCUGCCGUCACCCCCAGGGCCACUCCAAGGCCACCGCCAUGGACCUGCCCCGGCGGCUGCUGGUGGCCUGGGCGCUCAGCCUGUGGCCAGGCUUCACCGACACCUUCAACAUGGACACCAGGAAUGCCCGAAUCAUCCCUGGAUCCAAGAACGCCUUCUUCGGCUACACGGUGCAGCAACAUGACAUUGGGGGCAAGAAGUGGCUGGUGGUGGGCGCCCCACUGGAAACCAACGGCCACCAGCGGACAGGCGACGUGUACAAGUGCCCUGUGGACCACGGGAACUGCACCAAGCUCAAUCUGGGAAGGGUCACCCUCUCCAAUGUCUCUGAGCGAAAGGACAACAUGCGUUUGGGCCUGAGCCUGUCCACCAACCCCAAGGACAACAGCUUCCUGGCCUGCAGCCCACUGUGGUCCCAUGAGUGCGGAAGCUCCUAUUACACCACGGGCAUGUGCUCCAGGGUCAGCUCCAGCUUCCGGUUCUCCAAGACGGUGGCCCCGGCCCUCCAGAGGUGCCAGACCUACAUGGACAUCGUCAUGGUGCUGGAUGGCUCCAACAGCAUCUACCCCUGGCUGGAGGUGCAACGCUUCCUCAUCAACGUCCUCAGGAAGUUCUAUGUCGGGCCUGGGCAGAUCCAGGUGGGUGUCGUCCAGUACGGGGAGGAUGCAGUGCACGAGUUCCACCUCAACGACUACAGGUCCGUGCGGGACGUGGUGGAGGCCGCCCGCCACAUCGAGCAGAGAGGAGGCACGGAGACCCGCACAGCCUUUGGCAUCGAGUUUGCUCGCUCUGAAGCCUUCCGGAAGGGUGGGAGGAAAGGGGCGAAGAAGGUGAUGAUCGUUAUCACCGAUGGGGAGUCCCACGACAGCCCCGACCUGGAGGAGGUGAUCCGGCAGAGUGAGAGGGACAACAUCACCAGAUACGCAGUGGCUGUACUGGGUUACUACAACCGCAGGGGCAUCAACCCCGAGACCUUCCUCAAUGAGAUCAGAUCCAUCGCCAGCGACCCGGACGACAAGCAUUUCUUCAACGUGACGGACGAGGCAGCCCUGAAGGACAUCGUGGACGCGCUGGGGGACAGGAUCUUCAGCCUGGAAGGCACCAAGAACGAGCCGUCCUUCGGGCUGGAGAUGUCCCAGACUGGCUUCUCCUCCCACGUGGUGGAGGACGGGGUUCUGCUGGGAGCCGUGGGCGCCUAUGACUGGACCGGGGCGGUGCUGAAGGAGACGGACACGGGCAAGCUGGUCCCACUGCGGGCAGCCUACCUGGAGGAGUUCCCCGAGGAGCUCAGGAACCACGGAGCCUACCUGGGGUACACGGUCACGUCGGUCCUGUCCUCCAGGCGCGGUCAGGUGUACGUGGCCGGGGCACCUCGAUUCAACCACACGGGCAAAGUCAUCCUGUUCACCAUGCAUGCCAACCGCAGCCUCACCAUCCACCAGGCCCUGCGCGGGGAGCAGAUCGGCUCUUACUACGGGAGCGAGAUCACCUCGGUGGACGUGGAUGGGGACGGGGACUCGGAUCUGCUGCUGGUGGCGGCCCCCAUGUUCUUCAGUGAUGGCUGGGAGCGCGGCCGCGUGUACGUCUACCGCGAGCAACAGGGCCGGUUCCUGUCCAACGGGACACUGCAGGACGCCCCUAGCAGCCAGGACGCGCGUUUCGGGGCCUCGGUGGCCUCUGUGCGGGACCUCAACCAGGACACCCUCAACGACGUGGCCGUGGGCGCCCCCCUGGAGGAGCAGCACGCGGGGGCCGUGUACAUCUUCCUCGGCCGCCCGGGCGGCCUCCAGCGGACAGCCUCGCAGAGAAUUGCCGCCUCCAGGCUGGCGUCGGGACUGCAGUACUUUGGCUGCAGCCUCCAUGGGCAGCUGGACCUGAACGAGGAUGGGCUGGUGGACCUGGCGGUGGGCGCCCGGGGCCGAGCCGUGCUGCUGUGGGCGCGGCCCGUGCUCCGCCUCAAUGCCAGCCUCCACUUUGAGCCACCCAAGAUCAACCUCUUCCAGCGUGACUGCAGACGCAAUGGCAGAGACGCCACGUGCCUGGCUGCCGUGCUCUGCCUCACCCCCAUCUUCCUGGCACCCCACUUCCAGGCCAUCCCCGUCGCCAUCAGGUACAACGCCAGCCUGGACGAGCGUCGGUACGCGCCGAGGGCCCACCUGGACGAGGGCAGUGACCGCCACACUGGCAGGCCCGUCCUGCUCAUGCCGGGACAGCAGCUCUGCUGGCGGCUUGGGUUCCACGUCCUGGACACCGCAGACUCCGUGAAGCCAGUGGUCUUCUCCGUGGACAUGGCGCUAGAGGACCCCACCCUGGGUCCCAUGCUGGACCCCACCUGGCCCACGGCACUCAGAGCCUCGGUGCCCUUCUGGAAUGGCUGCCACCAGGAUGAGCACUGUGUCCCCGAUCUGCAGCUGGAUGCCCGCACUGACCUGCCCACAGCCGCGGAGUUCUGUGGGCGGGUGCUGAGGCGGGCGCCCAGAGACUGCGCAGCCUACUCCUCCGCCUUCGACUCGGGGGUGUUCGUGGUGGAGAGCUCACGGCGCCGGGUGGCGGUGGAGGCGGUGCUGGAGAACCGUGGAGAGAACGCCUACGGGGCCACCCUCAACAUCUCCCACUCCACCAACUUGCAGUUCGCCAGCCUCAUCCAGAAGGAUGAGUCUGAGGGCAGCAUCGAGUGUGUGAGCGAGGAAAGGAGGCCACACAGGAAGACAUGCAAUGUCAGCUACCCCUUCCUCAAGGCCAAGGCUAAGGUGGCUUUCCGCCUGGAUUUUGAGUUCAGCAAGUCCGUCUUCCUCCACCACCUGGAGAUCAAGCUGGCGGCUGGCAGUGACAGUGACGAGGAGGACAACACCCGGGAGGACAACACAGCCCUGCUGCGUCUGCAGCUCAAGUAUGAGGCCGACCUCCUCUUCACCAGGAGCAGCAACCUGACCCACUACGAGGUCAAGGCCCACAGCUCACUGGACACGCCCGACGGCCUGGGGCCACCCUUCCACUGCACCUUUAAGAUCCAGAACCUGGGAUUAUUCCCAGUCCAUGGGGUGACACUCAAGAUUACUGUCCCUGUGGCCACACGGGGUGGCAACCGUGUGCUGUUUCUGCAGGACUUUCUCCUGGAACAGGGAGACGAGUCCUGCAGCACCUGGGGCAACAGCACUGAGUACCGCAGAGUCCCCUCAGAGGAGGAUCUGAGCCGCACCCCGCAGCUGAACCACAGCAACUCUGACGUGGCCACCAUCAGCUGCCCCGUGAGGCUGGCCCCCAACCAGGAGCUGCACGCCCACCUGCAGGGGCGGCUGUGGCUCCCUUCCCUCCACGCGCUCCGGUACAGGGCGCUGGGGCUCUCAGUGCACGCGGCCCUGCAGAGACAGUUCCACAGCCCCUUCAUCUUCCGUGAGGAGGACCCCAGCCGCCAGGUGACCUUUGAGCUGUCCAAGCGGGAGGACUGGCACGUGCCCAUCUGGGUCAUCGUGGGCAGCACGCUGGGCGGCCUCCUGCUGCUGGCACUGCUGGUGCUGGCGCUCUGGAAGCUCGGCUUCUUUAGAAGUGCCCGACGCCGGAGGGACCCCAGCCUCAACCCCACCCCCAAAGGGCUGGACUGAGGCUCCAGAGGCCGAGUCACGGGGACAGGAGGGACAGGAGGGACAGGAGGGGACAGGAGGGGACAGGACAGUCCCGGUGGGAGGCCGAGCCCUGGAGAGCCGGCAGCACUCACUCUGAUGGACAGAAGCCCAGCGAUGGCCCACGGCCCCCACGGACCUCGGGGGACCCCUUCAUGGAGGGCCCGCGCCCCCACCCACCAUGGUGCUAGAGACCCCACGUCCCCUCCCGGGACCCAGCCCACUGCCAGCCCCCGGCUCCAGCUCCGGAUGGACAGACAGAUGGUGGCGCACUGUCCCCUCCCACCACCACACA